AUGGCAACUAUGGGCAAUCGCGGCGGCCGAGCGUUUCUUCCCUCGCGGUGGCAACUGGCGGCGGCGUGCAGCAAAGGGGGGAACAGCGAGAGCCUGGCGCACGACACUUUAGGGCUUCGGCGGCUGUGGGCUGCGGCUCUCUCGUCCCUGUCCAGCGGCGGCCGGCGGCUGGCUCUCUCCCUGUCUCCACUCUCCAGCGCAAGGAGCAAGACAAUCUCUCCCUGCCUCCGCUCUCCAGCGCAAGGAGCAAGACAGGCAGCCAGCAAGACAGUCGCGGAGGGUGCCGUCCGCAGAGCCGGAGCCGGAGACGGAGACGGCGACAGCGGCAGCCCCAUCGUCGUCACCGAUGCCAGGCAGGAGGUCACCGUCUCGCAGUUCGUCGCACAGCUAGAUGAGGCAGCCCGGCGGAGGCUGAACAGCAUGCACCAGGCAACAACGGAGCAACCAGACCUUAACAAACCGAAGUUGUGAACGGUGAACGCUCCAGAUUCAAGCUGAAUAUAUUGAUUCAAUGUUUCGGGUAGUUUGCUAUUACCCGAACCCGUACCCGAAAUUAUGGGUACCCGAAAUUACGGGUACCCGAAAUUACGGGUAAGGGUUCGGGUAUAGAUGUUAGAAGCCCGAAAUAUAAAAAACCCGAAAAGCCCGACCCGAAAUAUCGGGUAAACCCGAACGCCCAGCCCUA